AUGGCAGCUGAUUUGAUGCAAUUUACAUUACCUGCUGAAUCUCAUGGAGUUAGUUCAGAAGGCGUUUGGCUAGUGUCUUUUAUUUCAUUUAUUGCUUACACAAUGAUGCCAUUGUAUGCUUGGCAUGCUAGCCUUUUUGGAAUAUGUUUAACAAUUAUUCAAGUGGAGUCAGUUUAUACAACAAAGCAUUACUUGGAUACUUACUGGUAUCAAGUUGGUGCCAAUUUACUUAUUUUUGUAGCAGUCAAUGCUUGUGGAAUUAUUUUGCAUAGAUUUACAGAACAGAAUCACAGAAAAGCUUUUCUUGACACAAGAAAAUUAAUUUCUGCCAAACUGGAUUACGAUGACGAAAAUGAGAGAUUGGACAGAAUUUUAUUAUCACUUUUACCCCAGCAUGUUGCUGGUGAAAUGAAAUUUGAUCUUACCCAUGCAUUCAGAGACACACCUACACAUAAAUCUUAUCUACAAUAUCAUGAGAAAUUAAGUUUUCUAUUUGCUGAUAUUGUUGGUUUCACCCAAUUAAGUGCACAAUGCGGUCCACUAGAACUUGUUCGCAUAAUGAAUGAAUUGUUUGGUAGAUUUGAUCACUUAUCAAACGAGAACCACUGUUUACGAAUAAAGUUAUUAGGCGAUUGCUAUUUUUGUGUUUCUGGAAUCAAUGAAAUGAGAUCUGACCAUGCUCGUUGCUGUGUAGAGCUUGGACUUGAUUUGAUAGAAGCAAUUUGUCAAAUGAUUGGUCAAACAAAUGCUCCGUUGAGUAUUCGAGUUGGAAUUCACUCCGGUUCUGCGACAUGUUACGUAUCAGGAAUAAAAAGGAGACAAUUCGAUAUUUGGUCAAAAAAUGUAUCCAUGGCUAGAAGAUUGCAAAUGUCAGGAGACGCUGGUAAAGUUCACGUGUCCAGAGCCACCAUUGAUGCGUUGACGGGCGAGUAUGACGUAACAGAUGCACCAGGAGGGACAUAUUAUAUUGUCCCACCACCACGCAGAAGAAAAGCGCUCGCAUUAUGCACUUUGGAAAUGAAUGCACCACUGGGUACGCUGCAAAAACACGAAUUAUCUAUUAGAAAAGUUGCGAGUAUAAAUCAAUUACUGCACAACAUAAAAUUUGGAGCGGAAAUUCCAUUUGCUUUCAUCGGUGAAAAUGAGAGUGCUAAUGCACCAAGAGUUGAUGCUGAUUCUUCAGCUUCUAAAGUUACUGGUGUUUCAAAUCUAAGACCUUUCAAGAAAAGAUCUUGCAAUGUUCUAAGAAAUCUGCAUACAAGCAACCGCAUUGAUAGAAAUCUAGCAACAGCCAUAGAAGCUCAAUAUCUGGAUUUAGAAAACGAUGCUCAGAUAGGAUAUCUGACUUUAUGUCUUCGAGAUAAGCAAAAUGAAGCCAUGUAUCGUCAUGAAUGUGACCCAGAGUUUGCUGCAUCUCUUUGGUGUUGCUUGAUAUUGGUUGUUUGUGGUGCAGGUAUCCAAGGCCUUAUGCUACCUCGAACUUUAUUUUUACUACUGCUUUUCUUAACGGCCUUUGCCUGGGUCACUUCAUUACUGAUGUUAUUACUAGCAGCAAGGUUACAAUGGAUAUUCUGGGAUGUUACUAAAAGUUUUACUUUAAGACUAGCGUUGACAAUUUUUACUGUUUUACUUGUUUUCUCAGUAUCAAUUUUGAAUGUGUUCACUUGUUUGCCCAAUCCUUCAUGUGAAAUAUCUCAGGCACAUUCAGUUAAUGAUCAUUUGUCUUGCCCAGUCCCUAUAUAUGUACCCCUUGGAGGCAUUCUAUCAGGGUUAGCCGUUGCUUCUGGUGUUAGACUAUUGCAUGAUCUCUUACCUCAGCAUGUGACACAAUUCUAUUUAGAGAAACAAAGAAGACCAGGAAGCACAGAUCUCUAUUGCGAAAGCUAUGCUUAUGUUGGAGUACUUUUUGCAACAGUGACAGAUUACCAUGAGUUCUGCACUGAUAUGGAAAGCAGCACCAAUGGUCUUGAUUGUUUGCGCCAAUUAAAUGAAAUCAUAUGCGAUUUUGAUAAGCUGUUGCAAGAAGAUUGUUUUGGAGCAAUUGAUAAGAUCAAAUGUUUUGGGUCCACAUACAUGGCUGCUGUGGGAUUGAGUCCAGAACAUAAGAUUAAUCAUGGAGAUAAUAAUUCAAUAAGAAAAUUUAUUACCAUUCUUCUCGAUUUUACGCAAGCUAUGCAUGCUCGGCUUCUCACAUUUAAUACAUCUACAUAUAGAAAUUUCAUGUUAAGAGCAGGUGUAAACAUUGGUCCAGUAAUAGCAGGUGUGAUAGGAGCUAAUAAACCUCAAUAUGACAUAUGGGGUGAAACUGUUAAUAUCGCCUACCACAUGGACUCAACAGGUUUGGCUGGUCUCACACAAGUUACUGAAAAUGUAGCUCAUGUUAUUCGAGAUACACAUUACAACUUCAAAUGUAGAGGAAUGGUGAAGAUUAAAGGAAAGGGGGAUACAAUGACUUACCUUGUUGUUGAAAGGCAAGACCAUCAGUUUAGCACAGGUGCAACUUAUGGCAGAGUGACACCUGGUAGAAUAAUAAACCAUCAAAUGAUGAAUCAACCCCUGCAUCGUUAUGAGCAAUGUGUUCCAGCAAAAUAUGUUCAGCACUCAAUGUUAAUUAGGGGAAAUUCUAACAUGGGAGAAAGCAGUAGGCUUUUACCUUAUAGUGGAAACAAUGGACCUCAUAUAGUUAAGGUUCUACCUAUGCAGAAGAACUGCCAACAUGUAUAUCACCCAGAGCCUUCUACACAUACUAUAUUUGACCAAACAAAUCAACAAGUACAAAGUAGUUUAAACCAUUCGCAAAUGGAGCCAUUUCUUAAACCACUUCCUAAGCCUCCACUACCUGAUCAUGGCAAUCAAAUGAUUGGUCAAACAAAUGCUCCGUUGAGUAUUCGAGUUGGAAUUCACUCCGGUUCUGCGACAUGUUACAAAUUGCAAAUGUCAGGAGACGCUGGUAAAGUUCACGUGUCCAGAGCCACCAUUGAUGCGUUGACGGGCGAGUAUGACGUAACAGAUGCUCCAGGAGGGACAUAUUAUAUUGUCCCACCACCACGCAGAAGAAAAGCGCUCGCAUUAUGCACUUUGGAAAUGAAUGCACCACUGGGUACGCUGCAAAAACACGAAUUAUCUAUUAGAAAAGUUGCGAGUAUAAAUCAAUUACUGCACAACAUAAAAUUUGGAGCGGAAAUUCCAUUUGCUUUCAUCGGUGAAAAUGAGAGUGCUAAUGCACCAAGAGUUGAUGCUGAUUCUUCAGCUUCUAAAGUUACUGGUGUUUCAAAUCUAAGACCUUUCAAGAAAAGAUCUUGCAAUGUUCUAAGAAAUCUGCAUACAAGCAACCGCAUUGAUAGAAAUCUAGCAACAGCCAUAGAAGCUCAAUACUUGGAUUUAGAAAACGAUGCUCAGAUAGGAUAUCUGACUUUAUGUCUUCGAGAUAAGCAGAAUGAAGCCAUGUAUCGUCAUGAAUGUGACCCAGAAUUUGCUGCAUCUCUUUGGUGUUGCUUGAUAUUGGUUGUUUGUGGUGCAGGAAUCCAAGGCCUUAUGCUACCUAGAACUUUAUUUUUACUACUGCUUUUCUUAACGGCCUUUGCCUGGGUCACUUCAUUACUGAUGUUAUUACUAGCAGCAAGGUUACAAUGGAUAUUCUGGGAUGUUACUAAAAGUUUUACUUUAAGACUAGCGUUGACAAUUUUUACUGUUUUACUUGUUUUCUCAGUAUCAAUUUUGAAUGUGUUCACUUGUUUGCCCAAUCCUUCAUGUGAAAUAUCUCAGGCACAUUCAGUUAAUGAUCAUUUGUCUUGCCCAGUCCCUAUAUAUGUACCCCUUGGAGGCAUUCUAUCAGGGUUAGCCGUUGCUGUAUUUUUUAAAUUAUUACUAUGGGCAAAGUUAUCUAUUUUGAUCUUCAUCAUGAUUUGUUAUACAUUGUUUGUCCAGCUCUCUCAUAUUGAUCUAUUCCAUUGUUAUGAUUCAAUAGUCAGAUCAUUAGUUCCAGCUCAUACUUCAAGUCUGGUACAAUUAUUGAUGUUUUUGGUUGCUUCUGGUCUUCAUGGAAGAUGUUUAGAGAGAGUUAUGAGACUGUGUUACUUGAGAAAAAAUGAGGCAAAUCGUGCAAGACAUGAGGCCAAUGUUUUACAACAGUCUGGUGUUAGACUAUUGCAUGAUCUCUUACCUCAGCACGUGACACAAUUCUAUUUAGAGAAACAAAGAAGACCAGGAAGCACAGAUCUCUAUUGCGAAAGCUAUGCUUAUGUUGGAGUACUUUUUGCAACAGUGACAGAUUACCAUGAGUUCUGCACUGAUAUGGAAAGCAGCACCAAUGGUCUUGAUUGUUUGCGCCAAUUAAAUGAAAUCAUAUGCGAUUUUGAUAAGCUGUUGCAAGAAGAUUGUUUUGGAGCAAUUGAUAAGAUCAAAUGUUUUGGGUCCACAUACAUGGCUGCUGUGGGAUUGAGUCCAGAACAUAAGAUUAAUCAUGGAGAUAAUAAUUCAAUAAGAAAAUUUAUUACUAUUCUUCUCGAUUUUACGCAAGCUAUGCAUGCUCGGCUUCUCACAUUUAAUACAUCUACAUAUAGAAAUUUUAUGUUAAGAGCAGGUGUAAACAUUGGUCCAGUAAUAGCAGGUGUGAUAGGAGCUAAUAAACCUCAAUAUGACAUAUGGGGUGAAACUGUUAAUAUCGCCUACCACAUGGACUCAACAGGUUUGGCUGGUCUCACACAGGUUACUGAAAAUGUAGCUCAUGUUAUUCGAGAUACACAUUACAACUUCAAAUGUAGAGGAAUGGUGAAGAUUAAAGGAAAGGGGGAUACAAUGACAUACCUUGUUGUUGAAAGGCAAGACCAUCAGUUUAGCACAGGUGCAACUUAUGGCAGAGUGACACCUGGUAGAAUAAUAAACCAUCAAAUGAUGAAUCAACCCCUGCAUCGUUAUGAGCAAUGUGUUCCUGCAAAAUAUGUUCAGCACUCAAUGUUAAAUCGGGGAAAUUCUAACAUGGGAGAAAGCAGUAGACUUUUACCUUAUAGUGGAAACAAUGGACCUCAUAUAGUUAAGGUUCUACCUAUGCAAAAGAACUGCCAACAUGUGUAUCACCCAGAGCCUUCUACACACACUAUAUUCGACCAAACAAAUCAACAAGUACAAAGUAGUUUAAACCAUUCGCAAAUGGAGCCAUUUCUUAAACCACUUCCUAAGCCUCCACUACCUGAUCAUGUUUCUUCUUACCAUAUCCGUCGAAGUGAAGAACCAUCUUCAAUGCUAGAUACUCGUGGAUCAUCCGUUGAUGAAUUAAGUUCUCACAUGCAGUCUGCAACAUCAACUAGUUCAAGCAGUUCUGAUGAAAGUUACAGUAACACCGCACCGGACAGCCCAGUUAAAAAAUGGUUAUAUCCUGGUGAUAUUCAGCCAGAUACUGGUUGGUCAACUGAAUCAGAGAAACUUGAGCCUCCAAAUUGGAUGCCUUCGCUACUGCCUUUACCUUCUGGCGCACUUAUGCAAAUCGCAGCAGGUGGAGACAGUACGACGACUGCUGGCUCAGUAGCUCCACCAUGUGAAGUGGAAGCAGGUUAUAGUUGCAAAAGUUUUGAAUAUUUGGCCAAUAACGAUUUGAUCAAUAAGAUCAAUGACAAUGGAAGUGGAAAGCGUAAACAAAAUCAAGUCUCUGAGUCAUCAACAACAACACAAGUUGGUAAUCCACAAGGUGGAAGUGGACAAUUUGAACGAGAAAUACGACGCUUGUUCGAACGCAGGCAAUGGCCGUUGGCAGGGGAAGGCGUAUCACAUUCUGUGGGUUUGGCAGCUAUUCAAGAAUUGGCUAGAAGUCAAGAACCUAGGGGCAGCGAAUCUGUUUGUGGAUCUGUUGAGGAUAAUACAGAGGGCGAUCAAGAGGAACAAGUUUCAACAAGAGACUGUAGUCAUUCUGAAUGGUCAGAUGAUGAAGAAAAUGAGGAUGGGAAUACAAACAAUGAACAAGAAUGCCCAGACAGAGAAUCUAAUGGUUAUACAACGGAUGAGCAGGGUUUGGAAAAUGUAUCUUUGCUCAAUGAAGCUGGUCUCACUGAUGCUGAAGGUGCUCUAAGUGAUGUGAAUUCAAUAUAUCAUCACCCAGAUCAUGAAAAUGGUUCAAUAUCAUCUCGAAGUAGUUCCAGAGCUAUCAGCCUGGAUUCUCUAAGUGGUAUGUACUGUGACUCAGAAGGAGUGGAUGGUUGGCCCGGAUUAGCUCUUCUGGAUAUACGGUCCGUAAGCGAAAGCAUCACAAAGAAAUUUGGCUGCUCUGAUAGUAUUAAUGUAGAUACUGAUUUAUAG